GGCCAUGGACUUGUAGUUAUUAGCACUUCUUUUACUAUUAACUGUAACACUCUGGAUCCCAAACUGGCGGCCUCACAUCUCCGGCUGACACGCGCCAAUGAUCUCAUUGACCAGAUCAAGCUCAAAGUGCUGCCUGUGUGGCGGGGGGCAGCAGGGGGUCAUGGUUGGGGCUGGGCUCAGUGUGUGCGGUGGGAGUCUGGGGAAGAGAGAUCGUCCCAGGGCCUGGAGUGUCCGCUGUGGUGUGUCCUGUGUCGAGGGGGAAGAGACAGACUCAAGCAGGCCUGUCAGAGAGGGAGGGGUGCCCUGCGGCUGCCCGCAGACAUGCUGAGCCUCAAGCUCCCGCAGCUUUUUGACAUCCACCAGGUGCCACAGGUGUUUCGAGAGGACAAUAUCAUGUCCGGCUAUCGACAUCCCCGGAGCUCGGCCCUGGACUGCAUCCUCAGCAGUUUCCACAUGACCAAUGAGACGAUGAAUAUCUGGACCCACUUCCUGCCAACCUGGUACUUCCUGUGGAGAUUCAGCAUGCUGUGCUUCACUGUAGACUUCAUGUCGGAGAGCUACACCUGGCCUCUGCUGGUCUACAUGCUUCUGGUCUGUCUGUACCCCUUUACCUCCAGCUGCGCUCACACCUUCAGCACCAUGUCGCCAGAAGCGUGUCACAUCUGUUACUUCUUUGAUUACGGAGCGCUCAGCCUGUACAGUCUCGGCUGUGCCAUCACUUACGGCUUCUACGGGAUGCCCGACUGCUGGGUUAACAGUCGGCUUCACCAGUAUUUCGUGCCCAUCGCCGUUGGCAACACGCUCUUUUGUACCAGCAUGUCUUGUUACUCGAGGUUUGUAGAGGCGCAGUUUCCACAGAAAAGUAAAGUGUUGCGGACAUCUGCAUUUAUUGUUCCCUUUCUCUUUGACAGCUUGCCGCUGUACUAUCGACUGCUGUCGUGCUGUUGGGGGAGCUGUAGUCCAAGUGAAGCUCUGGCCAGUCACUCUUACCAUUUGAUCUUUGCAUUUCUCACAUGCUUCCUGUUUGCAUCUCACCUACCAGAGAGACUGGCUCCCGGUCACUUCGACUACAUCGGUCACAGUCAUCAGCUGUUUCACGUGUGUGCUGUAGUGGGCACCUAUUUCCAGAUGGAGGCAGUGUUGGCAGACAUGACGUCUCGCAAAGAGUGGCUGAUGUUGCACUCGGCUUUACCUUCCUUUAUGGGUACCCUGGGGAUGUUCACUCUGGGUGUCCUCCUCAACCUCGCUGUCAUCGGUGCCUUCAGCGCCAGUUUACUGCGAACACCCCACCAAAGCACUUCGGCCUCCGGUGCCGCCCGCGCACAGCAGGCACUUCCUGUGGACAAGGAAGAUUAACAAGCUUUCUUUACACAGCCAAUGUGAGCUCUGCACCCCUGCUCACAUUAAACCUUUUUUUUUUUUAAGAGAAUUUGACUCUCAAGCACAUUUCAGUCACCUUCACUAAUCUAGAAUCCUCUAGUUUUGGUAUUUGUGUUGCUUAUUUUCUACUAAACGUUGAUAUUGAGAUAAUUUAUUAUAGGUCCCUUUUAUAGCUGACAACCCUGAUAAUAAUCAAGACCUUUCCAUUUUAGUUUUUAACUAAUGUGCCUUAUUUGAGAUAUCAAUACGAAAGGUCAAGGGUUAAAUGACGUGAAUAUUAAAUGUUACAAGUUCGUAGGGAUAUUUUAACCUUGUAGGGGUUUCAUGUUUGCGUUACUACAUAUAAAUGUUACUGUAACAUUUGACUGGAGAAUGACUAAGUAGCAUUAAUCAGGGAUUUUAUAUAAGAAUUAAUAUCGUGAAUAUUAACAAUUAACGGAUGCAUCAGUUAUUAAGGUUUAUGUGUUGCAUAUCCAAAAAUGUAAUGGUCAAAAGAUAAAGAUGGUAAAAAUCUCCAUCUAAUCUAAAUGACUGGCAGGUCUCUACUCAUAUGAGAAGAAAUGUUGCCCCUUUAAAUAUCUAUAUUUCUCUAUCAUUCCCGUCCCUUAUUAUACAACUGUAUUAUGAGUGCAACAUUAUGUUGAUAUACUGGACCACUUUUGAAUAAGCUUAGAGCUCCAAAAGCAUAAGUUACAUAAAUUUAGGGCAAAAUGGCUCUGAAAAAUAUUUCCACUUUUAUGUCUUCACACCAUGAGAAAUGUCUAAACAUGCUCCUGCUAAGCUCUGUCAUCUCAUGGGGCUGUACUGGUUUCUUGACUGUGGUUUAGAUGUUUGUCAGAUAUAGUUCAUAUGCAUUUGUUACAUGUUACUGUGGUAUUGUUUUGUUCAUUGCAGGUUUAUGGCAUACAAUACACUCACUGUAUUUACAAAGCACAAGGGUUUCUGUUUGUAUAAUAUUUACUUCUUGCCAGUGCAUUUUGUAUCCUGGUGCGGUGCAUAACUCAAAACAAGUUUUACAUUGUGUUGCAUGUUGCUAUUUACACUAUACUCGCUGCUCUUAAACCAGAAAGCCAAACUAAUCAUUAUUUAGGCUAAGCUGUUAACCUCUGGCUCUCGUUUUUCACUUACGGCCAGCACUGUGUUUCCUUAGUCUGACCUAACGCUAACAGACAGGUACGUCAUUCUGUGCAACUUCAGCUGCCUAAGGGCAAAAGUUUAGCAGAACCUUUUCUAACUAGCUCUGAAGGUCGAUCACAUGGUGGUAAUGACAUUUUAAUUGGUGUUUAUGAAAGGGAUCUUGGGUUAAAAUGGAAUAGUAUGUGUUUUAAAGGCUAGUGGCGGUAAGAUUCUGUAUUUCCUCACAUUGUAGCUCGGAAACAGAAAUUGUGUGUUUAUCAGUUAAAACUCUAAAUGAAGUGAGAGAUUUUAAUGUGAAUGUGACCGGGAACGACAGUAUUUCAUACAACAGAAAGAGAACUGAAAUGUAAGGUACCCCAAUCCCGGUGUGUUUGUUGGCCCAUAUGAAUGUAUUACGGUUUAAAACUGUCCUUUUAAGUGCCCUUUAAUGUUACAAUGUAGCAUUUGAAAUUACCAAUGUAACUAAGAGAAUAAUUUUAGUUUUUUAAAGGUCAUUGAAUUUUUAAGGGUGUAAGCUUUGAGAAAGACGAGCCUUUGAGAUGCAGUUCAAAGAUUAAAUUUUUUUGUUAUGAGAAAUGUUUUUCCCUUCAAAUCAAGGCUGUAAAAUGAAAUGGCUCGUAUUGUAAAUUGGCAUUUUGAAUUGUUUUUGUAACACCUGAAAAUGUGAAAAAUAUGAUUGUUUUAAAAUAAUGAUUAAAAUAAAACUGACUUACGAUA